GUACACUCCUUAGUUUGAAAGCAGGUCUGACAGCACUUUACAAUAAAAUGUAAUAACGACAGAAAGUGUGGAACAGUAAUACAGAGAAGAAAUCACAAAAUUUGCAGGAGAGAGGAGUCUGGGCCAUAGCUUUAAAUUGAGGAGCUUGAGGAUUCACCACAGCUGCCUGCAGUAUAGACACAGCCUUCAACAUCACCAUUGCAUGUAAACAUCACAGUCGGCAGGUGGCCACAUUAUUGCCUGGAUCUGAAAAAGAUAUUGGAUAUUACAAUGAUGGGAAGAUCAAAUAGUACCAGUGAUCUUACUAAUUCAGAAGAUGCACAGAUUGCAUCAGUUUCAGCCUCUUUUAACAGGAGACGGAAUUCACAGAUCAGCAGCAGCGCAAGUUACCUACACUGCUCUCUGGCACGCACGCUGCUGCUAUACUUCUGCAUUGCUGUCUGGCUCAUUGCUCCUGUAGAGAGUUCUACAACAGCCACAAGUCAGAGUGAAACAACAGCAGAACUGCCUAAUGAAACAACAGCAGAACUGCCUAACAAAACAACAGCAGAACUGCCUAACAAAACAACAACAGAACUGCCUAACAAAACAACAGCAGAACUGCCUAACAAAACAACAGCAGAACUGCCUAACAAAACAACAGCAGAACUGCCUAACAAAACAACAGCAGAACUGCCUAACAAAACAACAGCAGAACUGCCUAACAAAACAACAGCAGAACUGCCUAACAAAACAACAGCAGAACUGCCUAACAAAACAACAGUAGAACUGCCUAACAAAACAACAGCAGAACUGCCUAACGAAACAACAGCUGAACCGCCUAACAAAACAACAGCAGAACCGCCUAACAAAACAACAGCAGAACCGCCUAACAAAACAACAGCAGAACCGCCUAACAAAACAACAGCAGAACUGCCUAACGAAACAACAGCAGAACUGCCUAACAAAACAACAGCAGAACUGCCUAACGAAACAACAGCAGAACUGCCUAACAAAACAACAGCAGAACUGCCUAACAAAACAACAGCAGAACUGCCUAACAAAACAACAGCAGAACUGCCUAACAAAACAACAGCAGAACUGCCUAACAAAACAACAGCAGAACUGCCUAACAAAACAACAGUAGAACUGCCUAACAAAACAACAGCAGAACUGCCUAACAAAACAACAGCAGAACUGCGUAACAAAACAACAGCAGAACUGCCUAACGAAGCAACAGCAGAACUGCCUAACCAAACAACAUCAGAACUGCCUAACCAAACAACAGCAGAACUGCUUAACCAAACAACAGCAGAACUGCCUAACCAAACAACAGCAGAACUGCCUAACAAAACAACAGCAGAACUGCCUAACAAAACAACAGCAGAACUGCCUAACAAAACAACAGCAGAACUGCCUAACAAAACAACAGCAGAACUGCCUAACAAAACAACAGCAGAACUGCCUAACAAAAAAACAGCAGAACCACCUAACAAAACAACAGCAGAACCGCCUAACAAAACAACAGCAGAACUGCCUAACAAAACAACAGCAGAACUGCCUAACAAAACAACAGCAGAACUGCCUAACAAAACAACAGCAGAACUGCCUAACGAAACAACAGCAGAACUGCCUAACGAAACAACAGCAGAACUGCCUAACAAAACCACAGCAGAACUGCCUAACGAAACAACAGCAGAACUGCCUAACAAAACAACAGCAGAACUGCCUAACGAAACAACAGCAGAACUGCCUAACGAAACAACAGCAGAACUGCCUAACAAAACAACAGCAGAACUGCCUAACGAAACAACAGCAGAACUGCCUAACAAAACAACAGCAGAACUGCCUAACGAAACAACAGCAGAACUGCCUAACGAAACAACAGCAGAACUUCUUAACAAAACAACAGCAGAACUGCCUAACGAAACAACAGCAGAACUGCCUAACGAAACAACAGGAGUUCUAAAUAGUUCCAGUGAUCCAAUGGAAUACUGCAAUCAAAAUUACUUUGUACUAGCGAUAAAGAAAUCUAACGAUCCCCCUUCAGGAUAUUGUCCCUCUGCACCAUAUUUGAAUCCAAAUGCAAACAUUGAAUUUACAAAUACUUACGAUCAUCUGACUGAAGACAUUACAUGCACAUUAAAGAAGAGAAACUUAACAGUUUUUUUUUUUUUUAGACGUGAAGCAUAUGACAUAAUAACCCUCCAAAGAACAGCUGUAGCUGCCUCCCAGAAAAGUAAUGGAGUCUCAAUAUGCUGGGCAUUAACAGUUUGCUAUGUCAGCCAUUGGCCCAGGUUUACAUAUCUAAUCAUUGACACAGCAGUACAAAAAGUACAAAAAUUGAAGACAAGUGGGUGUAUACUUUUAUACAGCCAAAGUGUGACAAUUCAUGACACUGCAAUCAAAUGGUUUACAACGUUUAAUAUUUACAGCAUAUUUGCAAAAUCAUUGAACAAUUAUCAGAGUUCCAUAAAAGACAAAUAUAUAAUGAGUAUCUACUAUUUAAAUGGCAAUCUUUUAUGUACUUUCAAGAAAGAAGUAACUAAUCAAUAUAUUGUGUAUGAGAACGGCCAAAUUAAACUAAAGCUAUCAGGAAAUCUCAACACAUGCAGUGAAUCCAGCAUUUAUUAUUUCAAAAUAUAUGAUGAUGGAACAGAGACUUACUCAUUUUCUCCAGUGACAGCCCAACAACACUAUGUCAGCACUUCACCAAUCAAUUUUCAGCUUGUUACUGUGAUGCCGACAAAUAAUCAAAAUUAUAUUACGGACUUUGGGCUUGCUGCUGGCUUUUAUGAUUUCAUAUUUAAUUUAGAUUCUAAUGGCUUAGCAGUUAUGUUCAUCUAGGGUUAGAAGUUGUACUACUGCAAUGAAACUAAGUGAAGCAUAUGAUAUAGCGUACAUAUAAUAAUACUAUCAGUAGAAUUGUCUGACUUUAUUGUUUUUCUCUACUUGUGGUGCCUGUAAUGUAUAUGCAUCAUUGUUGAUUUGAUUUGUAAAUUACCAUUUUCUGUUUACUCAUGUGCUGACUUCCCCUAAAAAAUAUUAAAGUUUAACACAAUCAUUCAACCGUUCUCAUGUCAAGUGGGUCUAUGUUAAAUCCCACUCCUAUAAAUUGUAUUAUUUUUUUGCAAUUUUCUACUAACAUUAUGUGUUUUUUUGCUUCCUUGACUUUGUUAUUCCAAUUCAUUAGACACACUGCUGUUUGAAUUACUCACCCUCUUAUCAAUGCAACAUUUAAGAAACUCUGGUUUUCUUUUACUUACAAAACUCAUGCAAAAAGCAGCUGGAAAAGUAUUUUAUGAUAUUUUAGUUAAACAUUGACAUAUUAACUUAAUGCAAAUGACUGGGGAAGAUAAUCCAAUACAAAACUGCACAAAAGUUGGGUUUCAGAUGUGUUGUAAUGACCUUGAAUUAAAAAAAAAAAAGGUAAAUGUCUAUGUAUAAUGUUUCACACAGCUCAUUUAAUAGAUUAUAAUAGAUCCCCAUAUGUGAAAACUAUCUGUGCUGUUGUGCAAAGAGUUAGUUAGCCUGUUUAUGAAACUGGAUGUAAGUUAAUGAUUAUCAUACUGCGUUACCAUGAUUAUUUGUCUUCUAAAAAAUAGAACAUAUUGUACUCUCUUUUACUGCAAGCAAUAAAGUUAAAUAGAAACACU